AUGCGACUUAGCGCGGUCACCGCGGUCGGGCGGCACCUCAAAGUGGAAUCCGCAGAUGCUCCACCGCCGCUUCCGACAAGCACCACCACGAGUACGCCCGAGUUGCCAGCCGAGGCGGAGGCGAAGCUCGAGUUUCCAACCGAGGCGGAGGUGCAGCUCGAGGUGGGCGGACCCAUCGAUUCCAAGAAGAGUCUCGUCGAGGAGCACGCCGCGGACCACCACUGCGAGUGGGUCGACGCCACCCUCUCCCUCGUGCUCUUUGGGAAGCUCGGGGUGGCGUCGCGCUUCUUCAUCUCCCGGGCUUUCCUCGGCGGGCGCCACUUUGACGACGCCACCCCCUUAUUCGUCGCGCUGCCUGCGAACAUCAUCGGCACCUUCCUCCUCGGCCUACUUUGCCCCGGCGCGGCGGCGGCGCGCCUGCUGCCCGCCGAGGCGGACGAUCGGCGGCGGCACAUCGGCGCCGCCGGCCUCGCUGGCCGGCCAGCGGCCCGCGUCAACGCCGCCAUCCUCCUCGGGCUGCGGACCGGCUUCUGCGGCUGCCUCACCACCUUCAGCUCGUGGAACCAGGCGAUGGUGCAGCUUGUGGCGGCCGAGAAGGACGGCGUCAUCAUAAUGGGCCUCAAAGGUGCACUGCUGGGCUACGCGAUUGGCCUCUUGCUUCCCAUCGUCGCGCUGCACCUCGGCCAGGCCGCUGCGCUGUACGCUGGCCUGCGGCUGACGCCGCGCGGCCGCUCCUCGCACGGGGCUGACCCCUCGCAGGCUGCAGCCGGAGGUUGCUCGGCGUCAACGGCCGCGUGGUGGCGGUGCGGCGCCGCGCUGGCGCUGCUGCUCGCAGUGGCGGCCGAGCUGGGCGUGGGGCUGUCGCUCAUUCCGGGGAUGGACGGAUGGGCCGACGAGCUGACGCGGCGGUUCUUCCUCGGGCUCCUGUUUGCGCCUGCGGGCGUGCUCCUGCGGCGGGGACUCGCCCUCAAGCUGAACGCGCGCUGCCCGCCCUUCCCCCUCGGCACCUUUUCGGGCAACGUGCUCUCCUGCGCCGUCAUGGCGCUCCUGUACGAGGCGAUCGACGACGACGACGACGACGCGCCCCACUUUGCGCUCGUCGCCCGAGCCGUCGGCCUCGGCUUCUGCGGCUCGCUCUCCACCGUCUCCACGUUUGCCGACGAGGUGAGCGAGCGGCUCCGCCCCUCCGCUGCGACCAAGGGCGAGUGCACGUGUGCCGGCGUGCUGUACGCCCUCGCCUCCCUCGCGUGCACCUUUGGCGUCGGCUUCCUCGCGUACGCGCUCACGCAGCGCUGCGACGAGCUCGACCGCUUCUGCCACACGGGCGGGGCGGACGCGCUGCGCUGGCUGGGCUGA